GGCUGCGAGGCCGGUGAUUUGCUGCUCUGCAGCGGCUUUGAAUGAUUUGGAGGGUCGCGGCUGGGAGGUGCGGGGCUCCAUGGAGCCUGUUGAUCACACGCAGCCUGGGCUGCGGCGGCGCUGAAAGCUGCCGGCUCCCGACACCGCAGCCUCGGAAGAAGCACCCGCUCAGCACCCCCUGGGCACCGGCGGCUCUGCUCCGGACCACACUCUGCUCCAGCAGCCAUCGCCUCCCCUCGGCCCUGCCCGAUGCCCGCUCCUGCUGAGCCCGCUCAACUUUUGCAGCUGGCGAUUGGCAGCCCUUGAUCCCCGAGAUGACCCUGAGAGCUUGGCUGCUGUGCUUAUCCUGGACCCUGGCUGCAUCGCUGCAACUUCAGCAGGGCAUGCCAAAUGUAUGUCUGGAACAAGAGCUGGCAAUAGUGGGACAGCGGCAGCCGUGUGUUCAGGCUUUUACCCAGGUUGUCAAGAUGUGGAAACAAGGCUGCACAGGACAUAGGUGGUGUAUGGCCUAUGAGAGAAGGACGGGGUAUUACACAGUCUACAAACAAGUGUACAUCAUAGAGCAUCAAACUGUCUACAAAUGUUGUCCAGGAUGGACCCAAGAAGAUGACGAACCUGGCUGCUUGCACUUGUUGUGCUCUGUAGGCACUUGCUUCAAUGGCGGGAAAUGCUCGGAAGGAGGAUCCCUGAUGUGCCAAUGUCCAGCAGGAUUUCAGGGUCCGCGCUGCCAGUAUGAUGCAAAUGAAUGUACCAUUGAGAAUGGUGGCUGUCAGGACCAGUGCUGCAAUACUAUUGGCAGCUACUACUGCAGAUGUCCAGCUGGCCAGAAACUGGGCGAAGAUGGAAAAUCAUGUGAAGAUAUUGAUGAAUGUGCAGUAGUGAAUGGAGGGUGCCAGCAGAGCUGUGUUAACACUCUCGACUCCUUCUAUUGCAUAUGCGAUAUGGGAUACAGACUCCAUGCUGAUGGACGCACCUGCAUAGCUGUCAGCUCCUGCACUGUUAGCAAUGGGGGCUGUGAACAGGAGUGCAUUCAGAUCAGUGACAACCACUACAAGUGCCACUGCCAUCCACCCUACCAGCUGAAGAGAGAUGGCAAACACUGCAAAAUGAUGGACCCCUGCACAAGUGGGAAUGGAGGAUGCUCACACAUCUGUCAAAAUGAGAGAGGAUUUGCAAAGUGUGAGUGCCAUCUUGGGUACUAUCUUUCUGCAGACAGAAAGUCCUGUGGAGACAUUGAUGAGUGUGCAGAAGAGACAGCCAGGUGUGCUCAUCGUUGUGUGAACACCCUAGGGUCCUUCACCUGUGUUUGUAAUCCUGGCUUUGAGCUGGGAGCUGAUGGAAAGCAGUGCUACCGCAUCGAAAUGGAAAUUGUCAAUAGCUGCGAAAGCAACAAUGGCGGUUGUUCUCAUCACUGCGAGCACUCAACUGGUGGGCCUCACUGUUCUUGCAACCAGGGAUAUCUCCUUGAUUUGGAUGGGAAAACGUGCAUAGACCUGGAUGAAUGUGAGUCCAGCGAGGCCUGCUGUUCCCAGUUCUGCAUCAAUUACAUUGGAGGCUACGAGUGCAGCUGCAAGGCAGGGUUCCGACUUAACGCUGAUGGCUGCGUAUGUGAUGAUGUGGAUGAGUGUCUUGGUGACAAUGCCAGCUGUGACCAAAUCUGUGUUAAUUCUCUGGGAUCAUACGAGUGCAUGUGUAGAGAAGGCUACAGACUUAAUCUCGAUAGACAUUCCUGCAUCUAUGAUGAUGAGCUGGAGGAGGAAGAAGAAGAGAAACUGGAGAUCGCUAGGAUUCCAGGCCUUCGGUUCAGAAGACCUCCUCACCUGCUUCAUUAUGCUGCUGCACUUGGCGCCUUCUAUGAGGAUGAGGACAAAGAUGUACGAGGAGAACUCACUCUCAUGGGUAAAGUUGUUUGCCUGGAUAACACCUUUGGCAAUGAUUGUAGCCUGAGCUGUGAUGACUGUAUAAAUGGAGGCAAAUGUAACAGUGAAAACAGUGGCUGCAUCUGUUCACCUGGGUGGACUGGACUUAUAUGUAAUGAAACUUGCUCCCCUGGGACUUAUGGGAAAGAUUGUAAUAGCAUUUGUAAGUGUCAGAAUGGAGGCUCAUGCGACCGUGUAACAGGACAAUGUCACUGCCCACCGGGAAUUAAUGGACAGAUUUGUGAGGAUGGCUGUCCAAAAGGAUUCUUUGGGAAGAACUGUAACAAGAAAUGUAACUGUGCCAACAAUGGCUAUUGCCAUAGACUCUAUGGAGCCUGUCUGUGUGACCCAGGGUUAUAUGGUCGCUUCUGCCAUCUAACUUGUCCCAAGUGGGCCUUUGGAGCUGGCUGUUCAGACGAAUGUCAGUGUGUCAAGGAGAACACUCUGGCAUGCAAUGCCAGAAAUGGUACUUGCACCUGCAAACUAGGUUAUCAAGGGAACAAGUGCCAGAAAGAGUGUACGCCUGGCUUUUAUGGAGCUGGCUGUAACCUGAAGUGCAACUGUCCUGCUGAUGCUUUAUGUGACCAGGAGACUGGAGACUGCAAGCAUCCGUGCCCACCAGGUUUCCAUGGAGAAAGGUGCCAUUUAUCCUGUAGCCCAGGGAAGUUUGGUGUGAACUGCAGGCAGAGCUGUGGCUGUGCAGGAGGCCUGUGCGACUCAAAGACGGGGCAGUGCAUGUGCCCUGCUGGCAGAACAGGUGCUGCGUGUGAUCAAGAUUGCCCUGAUGGUCUGUGGGGAGUAGACUGUCAGUUCUUCUGCGAGACCUGUGAAAAUGGAGGGAAGUGUAACAAAGAGACUGGAAUCUGUGACUGCCCUCUGGGGUACACUGGGAAAUCCUGUUACCUACCCUGCCCAAAUGGUUACUAUGGGCAAAACUGCCUUUUGCAGUGCAGCUGUAAUAGCAAUGCUCAGUGUCACCAUGUUACCGGAGAGUGCACAUGUUCUUCUGGCUGGAGUGGCCAUGACUGCAAACGCCCUUGUGAUGCUGGCCAUUGGGGAGAGCGCUGCGAAAGCUUGUGUGUCUGCAAUAACAGCGAUGGUAGCUGUGACCCAGUCACUGGGAUUUGUUUCUGUGAAGCAGGAUACUCUGGGAAACACUGUGAGCAGAGCUGCCCUAAGGGAACCUUUGGCCCAAAUUGCAAGUACAGCUGUCAGUGCCAGCAUGGAGCUGCCUGUGAUCAUGUGAGUGGAGCCUGUACUUGUGCGGCAGGCUGGACAGGAACUUUUUGUGAAAAAGCUUGUCCAGGUGGAUUUUUUGGACUUGACUGCCACCAGGUGUGUGAAUGCAAGAAUGCAGCUCACUGCGACCACAUCAUAGGAACAUGCCAGUGCCUCCCUGGAUGGAUGGGAGCCAAGUGUGACCAAUCCUGCCAGGGUGACAGUUAUGGGGAAGGCUGCAGUCAUGCUUGUAAUUGUCACAAUGGAGCGCGCUGUGAUCAUGUAACUGGGAUGUGUAUUUGCGCAGCAGGAUGGAGAGGAGCUACCUGCCAGCAAGCCUGUCCUUCUGGUUUAUAUGGCAUGAACUGUUUGCAGCACUGCAUCUGUCGCAAUCAGGCUGUGUGUGAUCAUGUAACUGGACAAUGCAUUUGUCCCAAAGGUUGGACUGGUAUAGCCUGUGAAUUUGAGUGUGAGGAUGGGAAGUAUGGAGAGAGCUAUGAGGAGAACUGUAGCUGUGGCAAUGGUGGAAUUUGUGACCGACAUUCAGGGAAAUGCAACUGCCAUCCAGGAUGGAUUGGGGACCAGUGCAAUGUUGCCUGUCCCUCUGGAUUCUUCGGAGAGCAGUGUGAGGGACGGUGUGACUGUGAGCACAGCUCUUCCUGCCACCAUCAGAGUGGAGUGUGUCGCUGUGAAAAAGGAUGGCGAGGAAAACGAUGCGACAAACCUUGCUUGCCUGGUUACUAUGGCAAUUACUGCACCAAGCGUUGCAACUGCCCUUCAGGAACCCCUUGUUACCAUGUGACUGGAGAGUGUGGCUGCCCUCAAGGAUUCACUGGCUAUGGCUGUGAAAAAACUUGUCCACCAGGCACAUAUGGUAAGAACUGUAACCAACUAUGUCAGUGCUCUGCAGAGAAUGAGGAAUGUCACCCAGCGACAGGCAAAUGCACCUGCCGACCAGGUUAUUAUGGAAUCCACUGUGACCUGAAAUGUCCACAAGGUACCUAUGGUCCAUACUGCCAAAAGGCAUGUAAAUGCUUUAAUGGAGGCCACUGUGAUACUGUGACAGGAACCUGUGAUUGUCCUCCUGGCUUCAUUGGUGCUGACUGUAGUAAAAUUUGUCCUGUAAGCCGCUAUGGGAAGGACUGCAUCCUGUUGUGCUCCUGUGGGAAAGGGCAGUGUGACCCAGUGACUGGCAUGUGCUACUGUCCACCUGGCCAAAUUGGACCCAGUUGUCAGCAAGUGUGUCCCCAGGGAAGCUAUGGCCCCAGCUGCCAGCUAACGUGUAUCUGUAAGAAUGGUGGGAUCUGUGACCCUGUGAAUGGAUCUUGUUCCUGUGGACUUGGGUGGACAGGAAGUUAUUGUGAGAAAGAGUGUUCCCAUGGCAAAUAUGGUUCUGACUGCCACUUAAAUUGCUCUUGUCAGAACAAUGGAUCUUGUGACAGGUUUACUGGUUGCUGCCAGUGUCCAGAAGGUUACUACGGUCACUCUUGUGAGCACACCUGCCCUGCUGGAUUUUAUGGUCUAAACUGCAUUCACUCUUGUGAUUGUAAAAAUGGAGGUACUUGCAAUCCGGUGACUGGACAGUGCAUUUGUCCUGCAGGUUAUGAAGGUGUCCAGUGUGAAAAAGGCUGUAAUGUCGGAAGAUUUGGAGACAAAUGUCAGCAUCAGUGUGACUGUGAAGGAGUAGCCUCAUGUGAACCUGUAACUGGAAGGUGCCUUUGUCCACCUGGCAGGACUGGAGACAAAUGCAACGUUGAAUGCAGGUCAGACCAGUACGGCCCCAGCUGCUCUCUGAGAUGCCAGUGUGCCAAAAGAUCCCAGUGUCAUCCUUACAAUGGGAGCUGCAUGUGUCCUGCCAAGUGGAUGGGGCCAACCUGUGAAGAAGGAGGCCCUCCAAAACUUCCUUCAUAUGAAGAACAAACUCAGGAAAGAGGGAAUGCUUUUUCAAGAUCUCUACAACAGUAAUGCUUGGACUAAUAAAUGAAUUGUUUUAUAGGCACAGACAGUAUUUAAACUUGAGUACAAGAACUGCUUGAAUUCAGUUUGAACUGUGCUGAAAUAUUCACACUUUUUCAUGGAAGACAACAGUGGCCAAUAAGUAGUUUGGAUCCCUUUUUAAAACUUCUAACCUGUUUCAUGUAUUUGUUCUUAAUCUCCUACUUCUCAAUUUAUCCACUCUGGAUAUUCUUUCAGAUUGCUGUUGUCACGUAUUGUUUGAAUUACAUGUGGGGGGAAAUAUUUUUAGCAAACUGAUAUUUCAAGACUAUCAUGAUAAAAAAAAU